AUGACCAUCGCCACAGUACCCCUUUACCACGCCAUGGCAGUCUGGUCGGUGGCUCUGGAAAGCCACUUCGGCUGGAGUCGAGGGCAACUGGGCCUAGCCCUGACCUUCACUCGCAUCGAGGGCGGGCUGAUGGGCCCCCUCGAAGGCUACCUCACCGACCGAUUGGGCGCCCGCCGCAUGAUUUUCAUCGGCCUGAUUGUCCUUGGCAUUGGCUUUCUGAUAUUCGCUGGCGUCCAAAGCCUGUGGAUGUUCUACGUUGCAUUCAUAGUCAUGGCGCUGGGCCAGGGUCUGGGAAGCUGGCUUCCCCUGAUGACCACUAUCAACAACUGGUUCAUCCGCAACCGGCCCCAGGACUACGGUCAACUUCCCGACGGCGACCCGCCGGCACCGACACCGCCAGCGACGGAAGAAGUGACAGCGCCCUCAGGACGCGCAGACAGGCCCAGACCUGCUGACACCGCCCGCCGGCCUGCUCCCCAUGAUGAUGGGGAUCUGACUGCGGCUGAGGCCCUCAAGACCCCCGCCUUCUGGCUGAUAUCCUUCGGCCACGGCUUCACUUCAAUGGUGAUUCUCGCCAUUAUGACGCACCUGGGCCUGCUCCUGAAGGACGAGGGGUUUGACGUGCAGACGACGGGGUGGAUUGUAGUUGUGUACACUGCCACCGCGAUGGUGUUCCAGUUGGUAGGCGGCUACAUGGGAGAUCGCUGGCCCAAGAACAUUGCCUUGUUUGUAUUCACAUCCAUACAGGCUGCCGCGGUAGUUGUACUGACCCUGGCCUCCAGCUUGCUAAUGUUCUAUCUCUUCGCCGUAUUGUUCGGAAUAGGGUUUGGCGGCAGGAAUCCACUAACCACUGCUAUACGGGGUGAAUACUUUGGCCGAACAUCCUUUGGCCGCAUCCUGGGGCUUUCUACGGUUCCGAUGAACGUCCUGCUGCUGAUAGGCUCCCCAAUGGCCGGCUACAUGCGAGACAUUCAGGAUUCCUACGAUAUGGCCUUCCUCAUUCUGGCGGGGUUCAACUUCCUGGGCGGUGUACUUUUCCUGUUCGCUCGAAAACCCCGGGUUGAAGCACGGAGAUGA